CGUGAUAUUUUUUCCUAAUGAAAUGACGGGUUCGACUUGUAAAUAUUCCGACGCGGUAGCAUUAUUUAUCACUUUUGCGUUUUGAACGGGAGCCGUUUCCGUCCGAAUGAUUAAAUGUACUCCUAUGGUUAUGAGUGCAUUUUAGAUUUUUCGUAAAUAAUCGCUUAUUACGCGUUAGCAGGUCUACGUGGCGCAUGGACAGUUGGCUACAGACGCAUUACACACAAGUUUCAAUGCUGCCGCUUUCUGUCAACCUCGGGGAGAGGCUUACGGAGAACAUCUUCCGCAGUGAAAGAUUAAUCAAAUGUAUCUGUCAAUAUUGAGACUGUUAGAUGUAUCAAGGAUAAACAAAUGGCUUCAAAACAUGUGCGUAACAGCCUCGAGGAUUUAAUUGUCAGCGGAAUAAACAAUGCACGCGCGAUUGGCUCGAUUGAAUGGAUAGGUGUAGGAAUGGGAUCCACCUUAUGUUUCCAGAAAAACGGAAAGACAUUGGGACUGGAUCGAAUGUGGACUAAAUGUAUUUUAUCAGUUGGAAUGGUUUUGCUUUUAAUGCAGUCUGUCCUAGCUGCUGAUGAUGAAGGGCGCUACAACGGGUCAUCAGGACAUGCAUCUCUGCCUCAGGACCCAGCUGUGACCUCUAACCUCUCUGCCAGGGCAACGCCAGUGGAGGACGGGCCCCUGGCACCUCCAGUCGAGCCCACAGACCCAUCAGACCCAUCAGGGGCGACAGCAGAGAGCACCAGAGAGAAGCCAGGGUUCUCCUCUGUACUGACCCUGCUGGCUAGCUCAGACCAAGAGCCACAGGCCCCAGUGCAACCAUCAGUACUAGCUAAUGCCUCCUCAGCCUCCUCCUCAGUCUCCUCCUCAGCCAUCAACAAUGACAAUCAAACAGCUGGAACAACAGCCCCUGUAGCCAACAGCACCUCAAACACCAGCUCAGAGGAGGCGGUCAGCAGUUUGCCUGCGAACCCAGAUUUGCCUACAGUCCCAGCAGUUUCCUCUCUGGCCACACUGGGGGAGAGCGACUCCACCCUCCCAGACAAUGUGACUAGUCCUUUCUCCACUCACACAUGGAACACCACCACACCUGCAAGGGCUGACACCAACACCACUACACCAUCCACCACAGCAGCACACACCAACCCAACACCAGACACUGUGACCAAUGAAAGUCUACAGCUCACGACUGUGACCACAACGACCGUAACGCCCCUGACCGUGACCACCACAACUUUGACACCCCAGACCACUACCGCUUCGACCACAGAGGCGGUUACGACCAUACCCAGGACCACUACAACCACACAGGAAGUGACCAACAUCCAAGAGACUACAUUGAUGACAACCACAACUGACCCACCCACCACGACGAACACAACCACAAGUGCUCCCGCUACCACAACCGCUCCCACUACAAUUACAACUACCACUGCACCGACCACCACUUUGACUGUCCCCACCACCACCACAGAAACCACCCCUGGACUGACCACAACUGAACCUCCUCCCACCAGUGCUGAAGAGGAAAUUCAACCAUGUAACAUCACUGAGAAGACCUGGGUCAAAACAGUGUUGUCCAUGCAGUUGAGGAGGAACAGGCUUGAUAUCAUCGUGAGGCAGAAUCUGUCUAAAGGACUCACCCAUGCUCUACAGAGGGCCUUCAAUGACACCAGUGUUUAUGUCCAGAUUGAACGGGAUCUCUGCAGCCCUCAUAAUGUCACCCUUGGGUACUAUGUAGCCAGUGGGAAAACGGUCUACAUAGCAUCUGUGGUGGUGGAGACGGUGAAGGCCUAUGGUUUUGACAAAGUCCUAGCAGACAUCCGGAAGCACAGUCCUCUGGUGAUGGCUGUUCUGGUCCCUGUGGCCCCCUGGGCCCCUAGCCUCAGUGUCCAUCUGCAGCUUAAAACAGUUCUCAGGUUUGUAGGCCCAGCGGACAACAUCAAGUCCUGCAGUUUUGUUCAAGUGAUGGAACAACGGCUGGAGAAUGCGUUUGAGGAAGCUCAGGACAAAGUGCUGGAAUCUUACAGCGGGCUUUCUGUUGAGAUCCAGAGCACCGCCCAGGCGAUUGGUUCUUCUGCCGUAUCUCUGGUCUAUGUGGUCAAGAACCAGGACGCGGUCCUGAACGGAACCGUCUCCAGUGGUCUCCUGAAUCAGCUGACCGCAGAGCUGGUGGGCUACUUCCUCUUCUUCCCCCCGCUCGUCAUCGCUGAGCCACUAGAGUACUACAACCUCAACACAUCCACUGCCACCAAGCACUACUGGGUGAUCACAGUAAUUCAGGAUGUUGACAGCUCAUCUCUGGAGAGGAAUUAUCAGAGCUUUGCUAGUUUAAUGGAGCAGCGGCUGGCUGAGCUGUUUUUGGUGGCUGGGCGUCAGGGGAGCCAGGGGAGCCGUUUUAGAAGGGCCACUACUGUCGGAGACUACACUGUCCAGAUGGUUGGUAUUCGUCGACUCCCUGGGCCAAAGAGCCCGGCCGAAAUGACUUACUAUGCCCAAAUGAACGGUGCCCCCAUAACUGGCACCACUGCAGCCAAGACCCUUAGUACCUUGGAUUCCCAAACCAUGGCUCUAACCCUGGGCUACUUUAUCCAGCUUCAAGCCGAUCCUGUGGUAAAGGUCCCACCUGCCAAUCUGUGGGUCAUGGCCGUGCUGACGCCUGUUGCCCUGGUGAUGGUUGUUGUUGUCAUGGUCACCGCCAUCCUGUGCAAGAGGAACAGGGUCAUCUUCAAGACAGGUGCUUUCAGGAGCUUCAAAACACGCUCUAAGACGUCCUAUCGGAGGGAGGGCAGUUAUCACCGCCAGCCUGUGCAGGGAUUUGACUAUGCCAAGAAGCAUAUGGGCCAUCAGCAAGGUGAGGAGACCAUCUCUGUUACCAAGGAGACGCUGGUCCUGGGCCUCCCGGUGAGAGAUGCCCCGUUGUCAUUGGACAGGAAGGUGCACCAGGAUGGGACCGCCUCUAAAAGACCACCUUCUGCUGACAUCAUCCACAAAGGGUUGCCAAGUGAGGACGGCUCGGUUACGAGCAACGAAUCCGGGAAACUCAACACGGGCAAGAGCUCGAUGGUACGGAGGGCUGCGGCACAGAACAGCGCCAAGGAGGAUCUGUUACACAAGAGGAACGCAGAUCCCUAUGAGGACCACACUGGCUCACUGCGACUCAUCACCAUCAAGCCAAUGGCGGCCCAGCCCACAUACUCCUACCCAUCCUCCUCCAAUCACAGCCAGGACUCAGUCGUCCUCAAUGGGGAGGCAAACGUGGGGCUCAAGCAGAAGUCCGACAUCGAACACUACAGGAACAAACAACGCCAGAAAGCCAAUAGAAAAGCCUACUGUGAUUUCCCCGUCACAGACAAUGGCAUCCACCCAUUCAACCCCAGAGAGAGGCACAGCAGGCAUGAGAAUGCCAAGGAGCCAAUGACUGCUGAGGAGAAGAGGGCCUCCUAUGCAGGAUGCCACAUCAGGAGGCACCCCCCAUCCAGAGAGCCAGCCUACUGGAGCCGUCAGUCUCUGGCCACCAGCAGCCCUAGCCCCCUGGAGACAGAGAUGGACCUGCUGGUUCUGAGGGAGAGGUCCAGAAGAGGCAUCCGCAACAGCGGCUAUGACGUGGAGCCGUUUGAGGAGACCAACGUGGACCGACUGAUGAGCUCCUUGGGUUAUGGUGGAAGCCAUCAGGUCAAGGGUCUCUCAGACUCGUCCACUCUGAGCUCUCAGCCUUCCAUCGGCGAGGUCCGUCAGCAGAUGCAGCUCCUGCUGGGUAAUGCCUUUGGGCUGGCCCCAGACGAGGCCCCGCCCGCCAACCACCACCACCACCCCCACCUUCACCCCCACCUCCACAGUUCCUACAACCCCAGCCACACCAGCCCUUACUCCGAGGGGGUGACCAGUGCCCCUGGCACCAUGAACCACCCAUGUGGAGGAGGCCGUCAGCGUGGUUCUCCCUACGGGCCGGAAAUGCACCAGUGUAGCUUACCCAAGCCUGGCUUCAGGUUCACUCAGCUUCCAGACAUGGGCGUUGGACCUCCACCCACUCUGAUCCCCUCCAGACCCGGACCCCCUUCCGGGACCUCAAUGAGGCGUUCUACACCGGACAUCAGCCUGAAACCUCGUGUUUCUGAGGCCUCUGAGAUGCAGAAUCAGCACAAUGGCGCCACCUACCUGCCUAUCAACAGAGCGCCCUUCCCUGCUGUUACUGUUGACCAGUCCAUGACCAGCUACUCAGGAAACCCAAUGACAGCAGUCUACGCCAUAUCAGCCAACCACCCUGGUUACUCUGACUACUUUGUCAUGUCUCCACCAUCGUCGUACGGAAGCCCAUCCUGGAUGUCCUACCCACCAGAACCUGAGGACAUCCCACACCAGUGGAAUGAUACUGUAAAUACUAACCCGUGUCAUUUAGAAACCAUUUGUUGAGAUUUCCUGACCUCUGGCACUGAGUGGAAACAGCAUUUAUCUUGGUGUCCUAUCGGUUGGGCAGUAGGGCCUCCCUCCCUCAAACUGAGUACCCCUGGACUAGAGCACCCCGCCCUCGCUGUCACCCCUGGCCCUUGCCCCUGCUGGCCUCUGGCCUGCCUCCUCAGCCCAACCAGGCCCUCUCUGGUCUCUGAGCCCCAGGUCACCCAGGCCUCACAGCCUCCAUGUCAACUGCCACCAGUCAGCAGAGGAUUGCCUAGACUAGAGUACAGCAGCAGCAUCCCCCAUGGUAAUACCACAUAUAGCCUCUGCCCUGGUCCACACCAUCCAACGACAGAGCUGGAAAAGCUGGACUAACUGUGCUUUUUGAUGAUCCAAAUUCUUUAUUGGAAAGAAGAGUUUUACCUACUACUGAUGGUUUAUGUGUAUUUUUUAAAAUUACAACAACAAAAAAAAUUCUAACUCUUGUCUUGAGCUGUUUGUUUUUGGAUAUUUGUGUGCUUUGUCAUUUACUUUCGUGCUUUACUUCUUAUUUUUAAUGAGUAAAACAUCUAGUGAGUGUAUCUUGUGCGCUCACCUUAAUUUAAGGCAAAAAAGUUGUGCAAGAAAAGCUUUGGUGUGAGUGGCAUUGUCAUUCUGUAUUUUUUAAAUGUACCCAUGACCUUUAACCCAUCAGAUUACAGUAAAAAACAACGGUCACCUGUUCUGUCAUUUAUACAGUUGAAGUUGGAAGUUUACAUACACUUAGGUUGGAGUCAUUAAAACUAGUUUUUCAACCAC